UUGAAGAUCACAAUUCCCCAUCUCUCCCGUGCCUCACUCUCUCUCAAACCCUAGGCCGGCGAUUUCUGGGUGACGGCGCCGUGUCGUCCAUCGGGCCAGCAACGGCGGCUGCUCACGGCGGCGGAGAGGCGUCGGCAUCGAGCUGUCGCGGGUUAGCAGCGGUGAUGGUUGGCGGCAAAGAAGCAGUGGCCAGGUCAGGUCAGCCGGUGGCCGGCAAUGGAGCGCUCGACGACGACGAGUGGAAGGUGACUGCGAUUGCCUACUGGGGCGACGUUGUGAAGGAGGAUGAUGCGACGAUGCAUAAGAUGCCUAGCUACAAAUUUGAUCCUGAAUUCAAUGGUUUGGAGACGAAUUCAAAAGAGACUUGUGGUCACUGGAAAACACCUGCUCGGCGUGUGUGCAGUGAUAUUCAGGACAUGGGCAGAAGGUUUCUUGGUUGCCCAUAUGAGGACCAUAGAGCAUGUGGUUAUGUGAAAUGGUUGGACAAAGACUGGACUGAAAGGGCUAGAGUAGUUAUCACUGAUCUUGCAAGUGAGAAGAUGCAGCUACUGAAAAAGGAGAAAGAUAUGGAGAGAAAGAUCCAGAAGUUAGAAUUUGAGAAGAAGAUAAGGAAUAAGAUGCACAAGGAAGAACUUAAGAGGAGGGACAGGAAGGAGCUUUUUGUUGUUGUCAUGUAUGCAAUGGGUUUCAGAAUGUAAUCUCUGAGUGUACUGUCAGUUGUGCAGACUAGUCAAGUUUGGAAGUAAUGCAAUGCUCCUGUCUAGUUCAGUUAUAUUUGACAGCAAUUGACUUGCAUUUUGACAGAAAUAAACUGAGCUAUGAUCAUUACAUGAUCAUUUUGACAGAAACUUGCAUUUUGGCAUAAAUUUGUAUUCCGGCAGAAAUAAACAUGAU